AUGUCGCCGCAAGAACCUAGUGGUCCAGGCGUUUACGACAUUCCGCUAAUCACCGACAGAUUGCUAGAUGAGAUCUUAAAAUUACUACGAAAUAGCAGAAAAAUCUCUCUUACUAUUAAGAAUUAUUCACAAUCCAUUCUUGAGAACCCUAAAGUAUAUUUUCGAGCUGGGACAGCACCAUCUGGGAUACCUAAUGCUAAACUAUCAAAUUAUAAAGGCUUGGCUUGGGGUGCCCGUAAGACGGAAUACUCGAAUAUAGGAACAGCGGGAGUCAUUGUAUAUCAAAUCAAAGGACAAAAUAAAUCCUUAGCCGUUAUGUGGAGUAUUCCAUUUCUGUAUAUCAGUGGUUAUAAGAAUUUGUGGAAUGUUGAAGUUUAUGAAGGUUUAAAGGAAGCGAAUAGAGAAUUGUUCCGUGAUAUGUGCCAUCAUAGUCCCAAUCGAGGGAACAGUAACCCUUUCGCCGGGGAGCUAAGCGGUGGUUGGAGAUACGAUGGAACGAUGGGAGACGCUGGACAAGCUAUUCUUGUUGUAAAUUUCAAAGAUGGCACUGAUGGAGACGAUGCUCUUCCGAAUAGCAAAAAUCA